AUGACACAGGUGAGGACCCUCCAUGUUCAGUGUUCGGUGCGGGUGACGCUGUUCGUCAUGGGUCCUAAAGAUUGGAUGGUCUUCCCACACCUGGUGAAGGAGCUGAAUGCAGGCCUUCAUGUGACGAUCCUGCUGCUCCUCCUGCUGGCCUUGGCCCUGGCGCUGGUCAGCAUGGGCUUUGCUAUUCUCAACGUGAUCCAGGUCCCGUACCGUGCAGUCAACGGCCCCGGAGGCAUCUGCCUGUGGAAUGUUCUUGCAGGUGGCGUCGUGGCGUUGGCCGUCAGCAGCUUCAUGGCUGCCGUGAAACUCCAUGACCUGACCACCCGGAUCGCCAACUUCCAGGAGAAACUCUUCCAGUUCGUGGUAGUGGAGGAACAGUACGAAGAGUCCUUUUGGAUCUGCGUGGCCAGCGCCUCUGCUCAUGCAGCCAAUCUGGUCGUGGUGGCCAUUAGUCAGAUCCCCCUCCCUGAGAUUAAGACCAAAAUAGAGGAGGCAACCGUCACCGCUGAGGACAUCUUGUAUUAACAGAUGUGGAACAAAACUCAGAAUCCUGGGAGGUCAGGCUUCCUGGUGGAUUGAGACUGCCGGAACCCCCGAGACGGUGGCCCUUCCUCACCCUGUGGUCUGGUACUAACUUCACCCCCGGGGCUCAUUUUCACCCAACAACAGACAGGUCUAGAACAGGAACACUUACACUAUAGAGAGGUGUGCAUAUGUACCUCAGAACACUCAACAGUUGAAGAUCAAUAGGGGAGCAUUUACCCAAGGAUCAAGUUCAGAGGGUUAGGGCAGGAGGAUAGAGACAGGAACCACAGGGGAUUGCAGUGAGUGAGAUGAAGCUAAAUGGGUAAGAAUUGCGCUGUGUAAAACGGAUGAUCUGUUCUGUCAACCUCCACCCAAUGCACAUAAAGGUAAACACGUAAAGCCUCCUCCUGCUCA